AUGUCUGAGAGAGGCUCUCGAUGUACCCGAGCCUCUCAAUCCGCGAGGGGACCAAUAGUCGAAUAUGGGGCUGAGUAUCCUGGAGGCUCGGUCACGGCUUCCCUGGUCUCAUUUCCCACGAGAGGGUACACCGUAGAGGUUUUGAUCGAGGUAAAUGCAACUUUCAUUAAUUUGAAUGAGUUUCAGAAAAACAUAUUGCAAUGGAAAAACCAGAAUUUAUUAAAUUUGAGUGAGGUAGGACUAGCUUCAAAUGGUGUUUUCGAUUUAAGUGAUGUAAAAAAUAAGUUAUUACAAUGGAAAACUCAAAAAUUGGCAGCGCUCUGCCCUUCAAACGGUGCGAAGUUGCAAAAUUUACUUAAUCUGGUAUGUAGUACAGCGCAGCCCACCAAUGUGACCUUAAGAGAUGCUUGCAUUACUUGUUUUAGUCAAGUGACCUCGUUACCAGAGGGUCCUCAAGAAUUGAACGCUCUUAGCGUUUGUGCUACACAGUAUUUUGUAAACACAUCUUAUGCAAACUGUGCAACCACCCUUGCAAACAAAACAAAAAUCGACAAAAAAGACGCUUCGCAGCGGUGCGUCGGCGGCGAUGCGCAACAACACUCCAGCGCAAAAGGUCGACGGCGACUGAUCGGCCGGAAAAUAUCGACAGAAUAA